ACUUUCCGGCAUGCCACGCUUCAUGACCUUCAAAUGUGCGAACCAUACGAAAUUGCGUUCUCAGAUCCUGACGUGAGUUAUUUUAAUAUUGAUAUGUUCUUAUUAAACACUCAUUAAGAAGAGUACAACUUCUGAAUCAAUAUGAUGCAUUCGUUGCACGCUUCAUACGUUUUCUCUUGCGUACUCUUGACGAUGUUUUUUUGCACGGCGGUAUUCAAAGCUUUCGAUAGUGUGCUGCCGGCUGCCGAAAUAGACAGCUCCGGCGUCGCAGUCCAACCGAAAACCUAUUCGACGAACAAUACCGUUUGUGGCUUCAUCGAAGCAGUCCGGUCUGCUGCGGGAUGCGGAUGCCACGUCCGGUGUGCUGACAUGUGGCAAAACAAAGAACAAUCUGUGGAUGGAAUUUUGCCUUUUUUGAGAUUACUGCCGGCAUCUGUGUGUGGUGCGGUCUUUUUAAUAACUGCCGGUAUUGUUGCUUAUGAUUAUUUGCGGUUUUACGCCCAAAACAACGCACAUCGUCGCCAUGGAGCAGAGUACUAUGACCUUUCAAGAGAAGAUGAUCACGAAUCCGCAUUUGUGAAGGGUAUUUUAAAAACGAAGCGGAUCGAUCACUUAGCAGAAGCACCAACCGAAACGCAGGAAAGCAUUAAUUACGGAUCAAAAGCUCGUGUAUCGUUCGCUACCCAACCGACUACAAUUAUACCAUCAUUGAGAAAGGCCGUUUCUGAAGAUCUCACCAACCGGCAGAACAACUCUCACAAUUUCCGCCGGCAAUCGCAACGCAUACGACCAAGAUCCAGAAAGCAAAAUAAGGGAAACCACGAAGACUGAUUUGAUGCUACUCAUGCUAAUGUUGUUCUUUUUUGUCAUAAGUGUAAUGGCGCUUUGCAAACAAAAUUCCAGUGAAAUAAUUAGGGUGCUAAUUACUUAAAUGAACGGCGAUUGUAUAUUUGUGUAUAUUUACGACCAGUUUAAGAUUUUAAUGAGUUGAAGUAACUUU